AUGGCAGCCUCGGUCCAGACACUUCCUCGUCCCAGUAAAAACUUCCAAACUCCAUUCAAGAUACCGUCCUUUUCACCCCCCUGCAAAAUGGGAAGUGUAGGCAGUCUGGUCGAGAGGCCCAAUGGGUCUCCUACUAAAGUGAACCAGGCUGUUCCCCAGGUAAGGCCCAAACCAUCCAAUGGUCUCCUGAAGAAAGGCUUCACCCAGAGAGAGCUUCUCAACUACCUCAACAUUACCAGAAAAGAAUCGAAAGCCAACCAGAGCAGUGGCUCGAAGAAGGACAUCAUCACAUCUGCGUGUGGGCAUAAGGAAGAAAAUCUUUAUGCAAAGGUCUUCCACAAAGAUGGCACAGAAAUUGAUUUGACAAAGAACUCACUUCCAAGUGGCGGCAAGUAUGACAAGUCUUUUUUUCGGUCAUCGGCCUUCAAGCCCGUCACUCCCAAAAGCUUCAGCUCUAUGCAGAAUUUGUAUCCAGCUUCCAAAUCAGAGGACCUGGACCACGGGCUAUCGAACGGGUUGCACCGAGCCUUUGCCCAUGUCUCCAAAACUGUCUCCAGCUCUUCUUCCUCAUCCUCACCCUCUCGUCAUGGAGGGUCAACCACUGGUAACAAGGCUCAUUCUUCCAUGCGCGGGGUGAGCCAGGAAGAUGACAACCUUUCAGACUCGGGUCAUAACUCCAUGAGCAGUUUGCCACCAUAUCGACCUCCGUUUCGCCCAAACCUGGCUCAAAUUAGUGCAUCUAUGGGCCAUAUCAAUACUAUCGGCUCCCUGGACCGCACUUCUUUGGACGGCAAAGCUGUCGGGUCAGGAGGCGGAGGAAGAGCUUUAGGAGAAAUGCCGAGUCGGAGCAUGGCGACCCUUAGCCGUCUGGUACCGUACGGAGGGGAAGCGCCACCUCCUUAUGACUGGACGCUCUCCGUGUCUGUUGAGGAAGUAGUGCGUGAUCUGGAGGAGCGUCUGGUUGAAAAAGAACACGAGCUGAAACAGAUGAGAAGAAAUCUGGACGAGAGUGAGGGCGCCAUCGUGCAGGUGUUUGAAGGCAAACAGCGUCUUUGGGAGAAAGAAGUGGAAGAACUGAAGCGCCUCUACGCUGCUAAGUUGCGACAGGUUUCCCAGCAUGCCCAGCGAUCCCAACGCAGUUUCCAACUGCAGCUCUACAAGGCCCAGCAGGAGAAAAGCCGAAUAUUAGAAGAGCUUGAGGCUCUCAAAAAAAGCCAAAAGGACGGAAGCAGGGAGACGCUAACUUCUCCGACCCUGGAGGAGACGCAGUGGGAGGUUUGCCAGAAGUCCGGUGAGAUCUCCUUGCUCAAGCAGCAGUUUCGAGACUCACAGGCUGAGGUCACUCUUAAGCUGAGCGAGAUCUUCCAGUUGAAGACGCAGCUCAGGGAGACUCGGCUGGAACUGCGCAACCGAGACGGGCAGGUAGAGGCGAUGAAGCUCAUCCUGCAGAACUCUAAGGGUCACAGAAGACCUUCUCAGAGUGCCAGUGAUCACGGGAAAGGAGACGAGGGCGUUACAACCGGGGCAACAGGAGGGUGCGUGGGCCCGAACGAGGAGCGUCUGCGCGCCGAGUUACUACUGGAGCGGCGCCAGAGCGAAGCCCAGGUCGCGGCUUUCGAGGAGGAGAGGCGGACAUGGCAGACGGAGAAGGACAAGGUCAUCCGCUACCAGAAGGAGCUGCAGGCCAGCUAUUUAGAGAUGUACCACCGCAACGCAGAGCUGGAGAGGGAGCUUCACCAGUUGAGAGCUGGACGAGAGCCAGGAGGAGAGAGUAGAGAUGGGACUUUGGAAAGAGAAGGACACGAGUUGAAAAACAAAGUGGAAAAAGAAGAGGACAGUCAAUCUUCGGGUUUGCCGUGGAUAGACAGGAUUGAAUCCUCUGAAAUUUGA